AUGAUGACCUCGGAUCACAGAAUCAUCGACCGGAUGGAAGGGACAUGCAGGCUUGCAACCAGGGCCUCAAUAAACGCUCAUUAUGACAAGAAAGCCAAGAAUGACAGGACCUCUUCUGUGGCACACCAUGCGUUGCUUGAGUCGAUGACCAUCGCUGGAGGCGAAAACGCCCAGGCCGCCAAGAUAAAGACAAUCAGACCCCAAACAAGAGACCAACGGUUCGAAUAUUUUCGUGUUAAUCCUUGCUCGACAAAGUGUCAACGUGCAGGAUUUCACGUUCAGCCUGAUCGACAGCCACCAUCUCGAGUCAACUCGCCAAUGGCGAGAUACAGAAUAAAACGCACGCGACCAUAUUCAGAAAAGAGAAACAUCUCCUGGAUGCACGAGGGGGAGAUAAAGCGCCCCUCCCCCGCCUGA